AUGCCGCCCAGAUCUUCUCUGACGUCUUCCUUUUCAAUCACCGACUCCAACAAUGAAGUCGUGUGUCCUCUGCGAAAUCAAGAUGGAUCUAGCUGUAGGAAAAGGUGCAUCGGUGAAAAACGAUAUCGUUCCAUGCAAGAGCACAUCCGACGAGCACACCCAGAGCACUAUAUUUCUAAGCUUCCAGCGACCGAAGAAAGCUUCUUGCUCAUGAUCAAUACUCCUCCUUCUGAACGCCCGCCGAUGCCAACCGCGACCUCUAUUCCACAGAGUUCGUCCCUCUCAAUCCAGGGCUUCCCCUCAAAGAUUGACUAUCUUCAAGGCUUCAAUCAUGACCGCCACAUGUAUGACAACAGCAAUCCGGGGACGCCCCGGAUCAUGGAGGACCAAGCUGUCGGCUCCAUGCUUCCUGCCGCCAGCGCCGCUGCUGCAUUGGCUCAGUUGCAUGGUCACAAGGUCGAACCUGAAUGGGAGUCCGAGAUGGGAUGGCAUUCUGACAGCGAAGGGCGUCGGAUUCCCAGGACAUCAAUUGAGUUGCCGCCAUUGCACUUGUCAAAUAACGACAUUACCAGCGAGCCAUUUCCAGCCAUGAACUCGAGCAGGCCGCGUGAUAUCCUCCCCUCAAUUAUAGCAAAUUCCCCUCCUGGGCGUUCCUCGACACUUCCGCCAAUCCAGCGACCAGUAGGGCCCGCGCGACCAAGGAAGCAAUCUGUUACCAAGAGAGGCCGAGAGGCACACCACAAGAAACAAAAGUCUCGCGGAUCGGCAGCAGACUGGCUUCGACGCAUACAGAACGACGAACGGCUAAGACCAGGUAACAAUGACCGUAAGGCGUUAUCGGCUGAACCUUCUGCAGACUAUGGGAAGAGAUGGGAAGAUCUCAUCGACGCCGCCGACCAGGCUGCAUCUGCCGCCGGCGAUAUCGAUGAGGAUAGAACUCCCAUGCCUCAGUCACCAGUUUCUAUCCACAGGGCUUCGUUGCCUCCAUUCCAACAACAUCAUGGAUUCCAAGCAGCGACUGGAGGAAGUUACCAAGCUUCACCUCUUCAGCAAGCCUUGACCCCACCAUCUUACAACCAGGACACAAUUGACCCAUUCCCCUCGGUUGAAAGCGGUGAGAGUGGAGAGAACUUCCAUAUCGAGUCUCGAGGCCUAUCGGAUUCAUCGCCGAGUUAUUCAUCUCAGAAUACUCAAAUUUAUUGCGCAGCCUGUCAGAGCGUCUCACUGCUCAAGGACUCGUAUGCCUGCACAGAAUGCAUCUGCGGCCUGUGCCAGGCGUGCGUUGAUGUUCUCAUGGCAGAGCAGGGGGCCCGUCGCAAGUGCCCCCGUUGCGCAACAAUUGGCGGCCGGUUCAAGCCAUUCCAGCUUGACAUCCGGUGA